GUCAAGGCCAAUGUAGAGGUGUGAAUUAAUAGUGCUAAAAAUCUUCGUAUUAUCUGUGGCUCCACCGUCUCCCACUGGACCUGUUGCCCCAACACCAACUUUACUACGAGGCAGGCUACCUAAGGCAGGCUUACUAAGAACAUCCUUCAUCUGACAAACCUCCUCUGGGCCUGCAGUUAUAUCGGUCGUUCGCCUGCCAAAUUAUCGCUACACCCGUUAGGAGCUGUAAUCGUGAGCUAUGCGCCAUCACCUCUAGAAAAUGGACCAGGUAAACAACAACAAUAACAAGAGAAGCCACGCUGAUUUCGCGGGCAAUAAUCACGAUGACAGCUCCUCCGAUGAGGAUGACAUGGGACCCCAAUUGCCCUCCACCACCGCCGCUCCCAAGAAGAAACGACGUGUUCUACCGCACGAAAAACUCUACAUCGACGCCUUGCCUAAAUCUGCGCGCUAUUCCAAGUCUCUCAUGCACAAGGAGCAGCUAUCCUUCGUAAAUGUGACGCGGUCCGAUUUCCUCAUCACCACCUCUGCCGAUGGAGUCGUCAAGUUCUGGAAGAAGGCUGCGCAAGGAAUUGAUUUCGUCAAGGAAUUUAAGGCCCACCAGGGCGAAGUACGGUCGGUGUCAACUAGCCAUGAUGGCCGAAGCUUCGCGACGGCCGGGGCUGACAAAACUAUCAAGAUCUUCGAUGUCGUCACCUUUGAUCUCCUCGCCAUGCUCACCCUCGACUAUCCGCCCAAGUGUGUCUGUUGGGUGCAUAAACGUGGUGCUUCGCUCCCCCUCCUAGCCGUUUCCGACUAUUCGAAGCCACUGAUUUAUGUCUACGACGGGCGAGGAGAAACUCAAACUCCGAUACAUUCCAUCAAGGGCCUCCACAGAAGCCCCGUAUCCGUAAUGGCCUUCAACGACGCCUAUGACUGCGUGGUGUCCGCCGACGACAAUGGGAUGCUUGAGUACUGGUCGCCGAGCGCCAACUACGAGAAGCCGGAUAACGUCUUCCAAUAUAAGAGCUCCACCAACCUGUUCGAAUUCAAGAAGGCAAAAUCGACGCCCGUCUCCAUGAGCAUAUCGCCCUCCGGCCACCAGUUCGUCGCCUUCUCCAUGCCCGACCGCAGGAUUCGAGUCUUCGAGUUUGCGUCGGCAAAGCUAUAUCGAACCUACGACGAGUCGCUGGAGGUCAUAGAGGAGAUGCAACGAGCGGGGACGGCUAUGCAGAAGCUCGACGAUGUCGACUUUGGGAGGAGGCUUGCUGCGGAACGCGAAAUCGAAUCCACCUCUCUCCGGGACAAGGCCAAUGUCAUCUUCGACGAGUCGGGCCACUUUAUCCUAUAUGGCUCCAUGCUUGGCGUCAAAGUGUUAAAUACUCUGACGAAUAGGGUCGUCAAGGUGUAUGGGAAAGACGAGCACGUCCGUCCGGUCAACCUCGCCAUGUACCAAGGCCAGCCCCAAAAGAAAGGAGUCACAACCGUUGCGAUGGCCGCUUCGAGCAACCCUCUCCUGCAGGAAUCGGAAGCGAGAGAUCCAAUCCUAUUCUCGACAGCCGUGGGGAAGGCUCGUUUUUACAUGUUUACAAACGACGAGGAGAUCUCUCGGUCCGAGCGAGACGUCCAAAACGAGAGGCCGACUAUGCUGAAUCCCAAGGCGGCGGCGCAGAAGAAGAGUGCGGAGACGGGCACGGCGGCCGUCCUCCACACAACGUUCGGUGAUAUCCACAUCCGUCUCUUCCCCGAUGCUGCGCCAAAGGCAGUUGAGAACUUCGUGACGCAUUGCAAGCGUGGCUACUACAACAACACAAUUUUCCAUCGGGUGAUUCGAAAGUUCAUGAUCCAAGGCGGCGAUCCCCUGGGCGAUGGGACCGGUGGCGAGAGUAUAUGGGGUAAGGAGUUUGAGGACGAGUUCAGCACCCUCAAACACGACAAGCCCUAUACGGUCAGCAUGGCAAACGCAGGCCCCAACACGAACGGCAGCCAAUUCUUCAUCACCACGGAAAAGACGCCAUGGCUGGAUAACAAGCAUACGAUAUUCGGACGGGCGGUGCAGGGCCUCGACGUGGUCCAUAAGAUAGAGAACGUGCGGACCUACAAGGAGAAACCCGAAGAGGACAUCAAGAUUCUGAAUAUCGAUAUAAUCUAGGUGCCCUAGCCUUGUUCGGCGGCAGUGCCUCGGCCCGGCCCGGUCUCGUUGUAGAUAUAGUAUGUCACGCUAACUACAGAGGGGGGAGGGGGGGGGGGCAGCAUCAGUAGUGAUACUACUCGAGAGGUGAUGAUGUUGUAACCGCCCGAAUGUCCAUACCCGCUUCAUUUCACCGAUACCUUGCCUGCCCAACGCAGGCACACCAGAGCCAUCGAAACAACGCUAUACGUGUAGGCGUCUCAACUACAUGGCGAUUGCAAAGCUCGCUCACCCCGUCCAAUGUAGUCCGCGCCAGCGUCGUACCAGCUUUAUUGUAUAUGUUGAUCUGUGCUCAUGGGCACCUCGUGUUAGGAUUCGAAGUAUUUUUUAUAUACAAAAAUAUUCCGAUUAUUUACGC